GCUUCAUGGUCUUACCCCCUGUGGUGUUCACAUUUGUGUGACAUGUUUGGUGUGAAACUACCCCAUCUAGUGGCAAAAAGAGAUAUAUACUCAAACAGGUGUAAAACACCGGGAGACGGUUCUAGAGGGAUGUAAUGAGGCGUGUUCGGAAAUAAAGCGAUACUUGGUUGCAGUCCGUUGUCCGGUUCUUUUUCUUUGAAGCAUUACGGACAUUACAUUGGCGACGAGGAGUGAACUCUAGAUACUUUUUUUUUUCUCUCAAGAGAGCAAGAACUGCAGCAUUAAAAAAAAAAAGCAGAAGAAAGACAAAAAAGGUGCAUCGACGAUGGCAGGAAACAGGGCGACUCUCCUUCCUUUUGACACAGAAACGGAUCCAGGCACUGUUGGACCUCGUUGGACCAAGUGGGUGCAAAGGUUUGAAAACUAUACUACUGCUAUGAACAUAACAGGAGAUGCCAGGCUGAAAGCAUUAUUGUUGCAUGUGGCAGGAGAAAGAGUCCAUGAUAUUUACGACACAGUCGCAGCAGAAGAUGAUAAAUAUGCAGACACAAAACAAAAGUUGACAACUUAUUUUUCUCCAAAGAAAAAUAUUCAAUAUCAAGUGUUCAUGUUCCGAAAAGCCACACAAGAACCAGGAGAAAGUCUGGACAGUUAUCAUACAAGACUGAGAAUACUGGCAAAAAAUUGUGAAUUUACGGACUUAACAGCAGAGAUUAAAACACAAAUUAUACAAAGCUGCACAUCAUCGAGGUUGCGCAGGAAAGCCCUAAGGGAGCCUGAAAUAAGCUUAAAUGACCUCCUUGAUUAUGGAAGAGCACUCGAACUGUCUGAAAUGCAAGCUACAGGCAUGGAAACAAAAACAGAAGCAGUAGUCAACAAGGUGUCUUCUAAAACAUCAGCCACGAAUGCUAGUAAAAGCAAGUGGUCAGCAAAACAACAGUCCAACAACCGCUGCAGGAAUUGUGGAGGUAAUUAUCCUCACACAGGAGAGUGUCCCGCCAAGAGCAAACAAUGCAGAGCCUGUGGCAAAUUAAACCAUUUUGCAAGACAGUGCCGCUCUAAGCAGACAUAUACCACCUCAAAAGCACCACGAGGAAGAAAUGGUCAAAACUCCAGGAACAUUCACUUCACACAAGCGGCUGCAACAAGUAAAGACCCGGAUAAUUCUUCCAGCAGUGAUGAUGCAUACGUUUUUGCAGUUGAUGCUGAGAAACUUUCAGACUUGCCACAAACUCAGAUCAAACUGAAUGGAUUUACUAUAUCCGUUCUGAUAGAUUCAGGAGCCUCAGCAAACUGUCUCAGUCAAACAUGUUUUGAGCAACUGAAACCACGCCCACAACUUUGCCCCACUGAAACAAAAAUCUAUCCUUUCCGUUCCACUGUUUCCUUACCUGUCAGUGGUGUAUUUAAGUGCUGUGUGGCAAAGCGAAGCAAAAAGAUUAUGUGCACGUUCUUUGUGAUUAAAGGUGAAGGAUGUAAUAUUCUCAGUUACAAGACAUCCACAGCGCUUGGACUAAUCAGUGUGGUCACUGCAGUUUCAACUUCAGGACCAGGUGGUUCGGUUGCAGAUGCACUUGUGGCUAGUCACCCAGAACUGUUCAAAGGCAUCGGGAAACUGAAAAACUUUCAGGUGAAGCUUCACAUAAAUCCUGACAUCAGACCCACAAUACAACCACAUCGACGUGUACCCUUUCAUAUUCGAAAGAAAGUGGACGAAGAGCUUUACAAACUUGAGGCAGAUGACAUCAUUGAGGAUGUUACUGGACCAACACCAUGGGUCUCACCUAUUGUCACACCACCAAAGCCCAAGGACCCCAAUAAAGUUAGGAUCUGUGUCGACAUGCGUCAAGCAAACGUGGCUAUUGAGAGAGAACGCCACAUCACCCCUACCAUGGAUGACAUAGUUCAUGAGUUAAAUGGAGCUACAGUUUUUUCGAAACUAGAUCUGAGAGCUGGAUAUCAUCAGUUGGAGCUACACCCUGACAGUCGAUACAUCACCACAUUCACCACCCACCGAGGACUCAAGCGCUACAAACGACUCAGUUUUGGAAUAUCAUCUGCUGCUGAGGUAUUUCAAAACGCCAUCUGUCAGACUCUCCAAGGUCUGUCUGGUGUGAAGAAUUUCAGUGAUGACAUCAUAGUUUUUGGUGCCUCACAGGCUGAACAUGAUGACAACCUUAGAGCUCUGUUCCAUAGGCUAAAGGAAAGUGGCCUCACUCUUAACAAAGAAAAAUGUGAAUUUAACAAAUCCAAACUGGAGUUCUUUGGUUUCAUUUUCUCUGCUGAUGGUGUGUCCACAGACCCAAAAAAAGUCGCUGUUGUUCACCAGGCCUCUGACCCCAAGACUCCCAGUGACAUCAAAAGUCUCCUUGGCAUGGCCAAUUACUGUUCCAGGUUCAUCAAGGACUUCUCGUCCAUCACUGAGCCACUACGCAAACUCACAAGAAAAGAUGCAACUUGGGCGUGGGGCCCGGACCAGCAGAUUGCACUGCAAAAACUGAAAGACGGUCUUACUAGUGACACGGUUUUGUCCUACUUCUAUCCAGGCAGAGAGACAGAAUUACUGGUGGAUGCUAGCCCGGUUGGCCUGGGUGCCAUCCUCUGCCAGCGAGAUGAAACAGCAGAAAGACAUGUCAUAGCCUAUGCAAGUAGAGCUCUCCGUGACGUUGAGACCAGAUAUUCUCAGACAGAGAAAGAAGCACUGGCUAUUGUUUGGAGCUGUGAGCAUUUUCACCUUUACCUCUAUGGUCAUCCAUUCACACUUGUCACUGAUCAUAAAGCUUUGGAAGCCAUAUGGAACAAUCCCAAGUCAAAACCACCUGCCAGAAUUGAAAGAUGGGGCCUGAGGCUUCAGCCCUAUAACUUCAGGGUGGAGUACAGAAAGGGAGUUGAAAAUCCGGCUGACUACAUGUCUCGACACCCCAUGCUUUCUCCAUCAUGUGAGAGCACACGUGCUACUAAGGUGGCUGAGGAGUAUGUGAAUUUUGCCGCAACUCAUUCAACACCUAAAGCUAUGACACUCACAGAGAUAAAGGCCGAAACACUGAAGGAUCCGGUGCUUCAAGAGGUUUCCACGUUCAUCAGAGACAACAAUUGGCAUCAAAGCCACAAGUCCCUGCAUGCAGAUAUGCUGGACCGCUUCAAACGAGUGAGUGAAGAACUGACAACAUCGCCCUCAUCGGACAUCAUUCUACGUGGUACCAGAUUAGUGAUUCCGGCUGCUCUAGAAGAUAGAGUGAUUCAGCUCGCUCAUGAGGGACAUCAAGGAGUAGUUAAGACCAAAGCACUGCUCAGAUCCAAAGUCUGGUUUCCAAAUAUAGAUCAGAAGGCAGAGACUGCCGUACGUGAUUGCAUUGCAUGUCAAGCUGCUACACCAGUUACCAAUAAUGAACCGUUAAGAAUGUCGCCUCUUCCUGAAACUCCGUGGCACCGCGUGAGUGCAGAUUUUUGUGGACCAUUUCCCACUGGGGAAUAUUUACUUGUUAUUAUAGAUGAGUAUACACGUUACCCAGUCGUUGAAAUUGUGAGGUCAACCUCAGCUAACACAGUCAUUCCUGUCAUGGACAAAGUGUUCUCGUUGUUCGGGAUUCCUGCAGUUGUGAAAACUGAUAACGGCCCACCAUUUAAUGGUGAUCAGUUCUCCCAGUUUGCAACCUAUCUCGGGUUUCAUCAUCAUCGUACAACGCCACUUUGGCCCCAAGCCAAUGCUGCAGCUGAAAGAUUCAUGCGCACGCUAGGAAAAGCCAUAAGAGUGGCAAACUCACAAGGAAUUCCCUGGAAACAACAGCUAAACAUCUUUCUACGAGAAUAUAGAGCUACACCUCACAGCACAACUCAGAGCUCUCCUGCCGAGCUAUUGUUUCAACGCCAGAUGCGCACGAAGAUACCUUCACUUCCUUCUUCCACAGGAAAUAAUUCGGACUGUAGAGUGAGAGCAAGAGAUAGUGCGGCUAAAGCUAAGAUGAAAUCUUAUGCAGAUGUGCGGCGUCAUGCUACACCACAUGCUCUUGCUCCUGGUGACGUUGUGCUGCACAAGCAAACCAAGUAUUGCAAGCUUACUACACCAUAUAAUACCAGACCAUACAAAGUGAAGGACAUCAAAGGAUCCAUGAUCACAGCCACCAGAAAUGGACACUCUGUGACAAGGAACUCUUCGUUCUUCAAACGGAUUACCCCACGGCUUCUGGAGAUGCCACUUCAUCCUGAUGAUGAUGCCCCAGAGCCCGGUGAGAACCCUUCCAUCACCUCAUCACCACGCUACCCUAAAAGGAGCAACAGACAUCCUCCUACUUACUUACAGGACUAUACUUAGCACACAAAUACAUUUGUGUGGUGUAGUAACAUCGAAUGAAGACGAACAGAAAUCAGAAUGUUGUUCAUUCCUGACUUAAUUCAGUUUCUUUUUAUUUGUCGGUUCAAAAUUGUUUGUUGACUAGAAUGCACACAUGUUUAAGGUCACACAUGUUAAAAAAAAAAAAAAAAAAAAGAGCAAUGUGGUGUUCACAUUUGUGUGACAUGUUUGGUGUGAAACUACCCCAUCUAGUGGCAAAAA